AUGGUCCAUGGGUUCCUCUUCAAAGAGAUAUGCUUAUGUCUUUCCAAGAUCAGUGAGAACUUUGAUGCCAGCGUCGAAGAUAUUCUGGAUAAAGAAUUGUAUCCAAAACAACAAAAGUCCGACAUUUCAAUCCGCUUUUUGAACCAGAGUAUCGCCACGAUCGAGUUGAAGGUCGCUCCGUCAGGUUAUACCAAUGUGACCAGAGUGCAGGAGGACAUUUCCCGUCUACAUGACAUGGUGGUCCAAAAGAAAACGGUCCUCGCAUUCUUCAUUGCCUUUGGUUAUGAUGAGAAUAUGACACCGGAUGAAUUCAACGCCCAUCACAACCUUGCCACCAACACCAUGGUGUCAAUCAAGUCAAAGGAUCUCUCCCAAGCACGACUCAAUGAUACCGACCAAUGUAUUACCGCGAGAUCCAAAUUCUUGGUUGGAAUUCAACCUUUUGCUGGAUACCAUGUCUCUGACUUGGAGUGUAGACCAUGGAUCCAAAUAUGGAGUAUCUAUCAAGGCGAUCAACUCAGCAUUGAAGAGGCCAAUGCCGAUGCUAAUGAGUUGUUCAAGAUCAGGGAGAUAAGAAAGGAAAAAGAGAAAGAGAAGGAGAAAGAGAAGGAGGAUAGCAAGGAGAAUAUGAUAAAGAAGAGGACGUACAACAAAAAACGUAACAAUGAGGAUAUGGAUAGUGAGGAGGUGGAUGAUGGUGCCACAAAGACGACCACAUGUUGA